GCCGGCGAGUCAGGCGCGAGCUGCCGGGCGGGGCCAUGUCGUACAUCCCGGGGCAGCCGGUCACCGCCGUGGUGCAAAGAGUUGAAAUCCAUAAACUCCGGCAAGGUGAAAAUCUGAUUCUUGGAUUCAGUAUUGGAGGUGGAAUUGAUCAGGACCCUGCUCAGAAUCCUUUCUCUGAAGAUAAAACUGACAAGGGUAUCUAUGUAACAAGGGUGACGGAAGGAGGCCCAGCAGAAGUUGCCGGACUCCAGGUUGGAGACAAGAUAAUGCAGGUGAAUGGGUGGGACAUGACAAUGGUAACUCAUGACCAAGCAAGGAAGAGACUGACAAAGAGGAAUGAAGAAGUGGUACGGCUCCUGGUGACCAGACACUCCCUGCAGAAGGCUGUUCAGCAGUCCAUGAUGUCCUAAUUAUGCAAUAGGCUUGGGGGAGGGGGGCAGAAGGAGGGAUCUAUAGAGUGACACUCCCUUGUUCUAAGGAAGCAAAUACUAGAGCUGCCCAAUAAGGUAAAACAUGCACCAUUUUUACUCUAAACCGAGAAUAGUAAAUUCUAGAUACUUCAGCAGCAGUUUCUCUUUCAGAAAGGCUUCCAGUAGCAUAUGCUGCAUAAAACAGCACCUUACCCUAUUAUGUACACAAAGCUGUGACAGGGGAAGAAGUUAGCAGUUCUAUAAAGAACAAGAUGCAAAACACAAAUACUUUUCUUAGGGAAGAAACUGUGGAAAAAUGCAAUUAACUUAGUGGGAGAUGAUUCUCCUAUAGUGCAAGAGUUCCCCAUUGCUUAGCAUUUAAAGCUGUUAGUGGCUUCUGGAAAGGAGUGAAUGAUUAACAGUGAGGAGAGGAGGUAGUGUUUUUACUCUAAGUUUUCAAAAUCUAAUGUUAAGGGUUAGAUUAUCCCUUGCUAGUUCAGGCUCAGGUUUUUAAGAUGCCACAUUUAAGUAAAAGUUUGUAGAAGGUCCAAUGCUGAGUAAUGACAUCUACACUACUUAGUAUCAUGUGCUAGCAAACGUUAAGCAGAAUAUUUUGCAGUGCUUGAGGGAUAGUUCACUGCAAGAUUUUAGUCUGCUUCACCAAGCAGCUAAUCAUAAAAGGGACACAAGUUUGAACUAGCAGUCGGUGCAUAAACAGAUUAUAAUGGAAGCUGUGUGGGAUUUAGUAACAAAUUCCAAGAC